UUUCAUUCUGAUACUACAAAAGAGAUACGUGAAGUUAAAGGUGCAAUCCAACGAAUGCAGAAUGCACCUACAAAACCAAAAGAACCUAAGGCGCCUACCGCUGCUUCAAAACCACAUGAGCCUUGUGAGGAUAUGCCCCUGGCACAUUUACAGUCUGAGAUCAUCAAAGACAAUGUCCAAACUCAAGCUCCCACCAUAUCUUCCCAGCGACAAGAACCUCAUGAGGAUUUACCUAGAACAUCUCCUCACUCUGCCAGAGGUCGUACUACAAAUGCCCCAAAAGAUCAAGCCCAAAAGCCAAUACGUACUCUCUACUUGAAUAGGUCAACAACCUCCCUAAUUAUUGGUGACUCUCGACUAAGAAAAGUUAAACCGCAAAAUCUUGGUGCACCUGUAGCAGUACGUACCUAUGGAGGUGCUACCCUAUCAAAUAUCAAGGAUUCUAUAGAUUCUAGCAAAGAUAGUCCUAAUCUUAGAAACAUCACACUUCAAGCUGGAAUCAUCGACAUAAAAAAUGGUUCGUCCAUGCUUGACAUCAAAGCUGAUACAAUGUUACUUAUUGAGACAGCUAAAUCUAAAUUUCCAAAUGCCAAAUUCCUCAUCUCAUCUAUUAUACCGAUGCUGAGCCACAAACUAAAUGCAUCUGUUAGGGAAGCGAACACCAUGCUUGAAUCAUUGGCAAAGGCGACUCCCAAUGUUUCCUUUCACUCAUGUUAUGAACAAUUUGGAAGAUUCAACACAGUAGAUCGCAAUCUUUUCUAUGACCAGUCUCAUCUCAAUGAUGCUGGUGUAGCAAAGCUUGAGACAUUUCUAAAAUCCCUUCCUGGAAACUGUGAAUCCCCUAAGGAAUCUUUACCUCAAGUCUCUGACGCAACUCAAACUGCUGUUUCCGACUCAACUGCCAGUAUCCAACCAGUGCAUCCUUCUAAUACCCCGAUUCCACAAUCAAACAACCCCCGCUAUGCUCCUGUACAACCAUAUGUGCAUGACAUACACUCUGGAUUUAACUCAUAUAACCCCACUGCUGUCCAUCCCGCCCAUGUUUUACCUCAAGGACAUCAGCGCUGGGCACAGUAUGCUCCACCACCUUAUGGAUGGCAAUGGAACCAACAUCAACCUCA